CAUUUGUCAAGCCCUUGACAAAGUGUUUCAUACAUUGAAAUACAUACGUGGCUUGGAUCUUAGUUCAAACCAGAUCUCUCAACUGCCUGAAUCAAUUGAAGAGUUGAAGCUAUUGCGCUACCUCAACCUCUCUAAAACAGAAAUCAGACUUCUCCCCAACUCAAUUUGCAAUCUCUUCAAUUUGCAGACACUGAAACUCUUGGGGUGCGCUUGGCUUUCUGGUUUGCCCAAAGACCUGGGGAAUUUGGUUAAUCUUCGACAUCUUGAGCUCGAUGAUAUGUUCUGGUUCAAUCUCUCCAUGUUGCCACCAAGUAUGGGCAACCUAACCAGUCUACUCAAUUUGCCUGUAUUUCAGGUCGGCCACGAGAAUGGACAUGGAAUUGAACAAUUGGAGAAAAUGGCGGGUCUUUCAGGAACGUUGCAUAUCUCAAAGCUAGAAAAGGCAGUCAAUGCAGGAGCUGCCAAAUUGAAUGAGAAGAAGAGCCUUAGCAAGUUGGUGUUUGAAUGGAGUGACGGCGUUUUCAAUACACAUGAUGAAGCAACUGAUAACAAUCUACUCGAGGAUCUAGAACCUCACUCAAACCUCAAAGAGCUCCAAAUUUUACGUUACAGGGGCAAUGAAUUUCCUGCUUGGAUAAAAGACGAGCGGCUCCAAAAUUUAGUCAGUCUUACCUUGAAUGGUUGCAAAAAAUGCAAAACCCUCGCUCUAGCGCAGUUACCCAAUCUUCGAGAGCUCUUCAUCAAAGGUAUGUUGGAGUUACAGACAUGGCCUGAGGUCGAAUGCCCUUCCCUUGGCCGGCUAAAGCUUAGUAAUUGUCCAGACCUAAGAGAGCUGCCUAUCAUCUUUCCAAAUUUACGAGUCUUAACUAUCAAGAGCUGUAAUUCCUUAAGGGUUCUUCCGGUGGUCCCAUCUUUGCAGUUUCUAAUACUCAUUGACAAUCUUAUUCUGGAGGAUUGGAAUGAAGUACCAUUACCGAUGCUGCAAGUUGGUAAUGAUCAAGGCCAACUUCUAAUCAGGCUCUAUCCCUCUUUGAUUGAACUGUUAGAACUGAAAGUAAUAGGCUGCCCCAAGCUGCAGGCGUUGCCAGAGAACUUCGGUCCACAAAAGCUGGAGAUCAGUCGGUGUGAGUUGAUGACCACUCUCCCACCACCACCCCAAGCCCAACGUCUUCAGCAAUUAGCACUGGAAGGAUGUGAUGAUGGAGCAUUAGUGAGGGCAAUACCAGAUUCCAAAACUCUAUUCGCUUUGGUUAUUUCCAGCAUCUCAAACAUAUCCUCACUUCCGAGAUGGCCCCAACUUCCAGCGCUUGAGGCGUUGUACAUUCGUGAUUGCAGAGAUCUGGUGUCCUUGUCCAACGGAGAAGAAGGGUCUCUGCGAACCUUGACCUUUCUCAAACUACUUUCCAUCCGAAAUUGUGAAAAGCUGGAGACACUAAAUGAGGAGCUACCCACUACGCUGGAAUGUUUGAUGAUCGCAUCAUGCCCCCUUCUCAACUCAUUUUCACUGAACAACCCCCCUUCACUUACUGACCUUUACAUUGAGGACUGCCCUUUGCUCCAGUCCUUGCCAGAGGAUGGGCUUCCCAGCUCUCUUCGACAUUUGCUAAUCCAAACAUGUCCCCUGUUAUCUCAGCGAUGCCGAAAGGAGGGUGGAGGAGGUCCAGAUUGGCCCAAAAUUGCGCACAUUGCUGACCUGGAGAUUCAUAAUUCCCAUAUACUCGCCCCCUCAACAUUAGUAGCAAACCCGCCAGUCCCCUCAACGUCAACAGCAAACCAGCCAGUUUGGUAUCGUCAUUUUCUAUGCUGCAGAGUUUCAUUGGAAAAAGAAAUGGAGAAGAGGGCGGCAACAAAUCUUAUCGAAGCAGAGUCUGGAGAAAUAUUCCUAGAGCAAAAAAGGAAGAAGAAAUGGGUUGAUGAGAAGACUGGCCAUUUUUGCUUCAUGAUGUACGCAAGGUUACUCUUUAAGACUUGGAGUGGUGGUGAAUACUGGAUUUGGAAUUGUUUCAAGGAAACAAGUGAAAACAUUGAAGUAGUAAAACUUUCGCAUGUUUGUUGGAUGGAGGUGAAUGGAAAAUUGAGUAUGUCAGAGCUAUCGCCAGAAGUUGUGUAUGAAAUUGUGUACGUAGUGAAGUUGACAAAUGGGGCUUUUGGGUGGGAACGCCCUAUCAAACUUAAACUUACACUCCCAGAUGGAAGAGUUCAAGAACGCCAACUUAGCCUUUUGGAGAAGCCUAGAAGACGAUGGAUUGAGCUCAAUGUCGGCAACUUCCAGACCAAUGACGGAGAAUCGAGAGAAGUGGGCUUCACUAUUAGUCAGAUUGCAGGACAGUGGAAAAACGGACUCAUAGUUAAAGGUGCCAUCAUUAGACCAAAACAGACGACUCUGUGAUCAUUGAUCAAAUAAAGGAAAGCAUUUAUGCGGAAGUGUUCGUUUUUUAACAAGAGUGUUUGAUUAGAGUCCAAUAAGGAGUAUAUCUCCAUAGAUCUUUAAUUCAAUUUUCUUAGUAGAGUCAGUAUCCUAGUUAUUUCUUUACCAGAAUCGGUUUUAGUUCUAGUCCUAGAAGUCAAGACCUAAUUGGUCUCUCAUAUAAAUCGGUAGUCUCUUGGUCUUCUAUUUUAGGGACGAACUACCAAUAAUGAAGUGUGGUUGAUUAAUGUUUUUCUAUAUAAUACUGUUUAUUGUGUUUUGGA